ACUUUCUGCCUUCUGUCUCCCAUCAGUGCCCCAUGGUUCCUGGUUUGAACAUGUCCGAGGCUGGAUGGAGAUGAAGGACAGGGAGAAUUUCUUCUUCAUCACCUAUGAAGAGCUGAAACAGGACCUGCAAAGCAGUGUGAGACGCCUCUGCCAUUUUCUGGGACAGAAUUUGGAUGAGUAUGCUAUCUCCUCAGUAGUCCAAAAUGCUUCCUUCACGGCCAUGAGGCAAAACCCUAUGUGCAGCUCCAUCUUGCUCCCUGCAGACAUCAUGGACCAGACCAAAGGCCAGUUCCUGAGGAAGGGCAUCUGUGGGGACUGGAAGAACCAUUUCACAGUGGCACAGAGUGAGACCUUCAACAAAAUCUACCAGGAGAAGAUGAGUGGUUUGGACAUGGCCUUUCCUUGGGACAGAGACCAGGAUCCAGACCUAACUGAGGCCAUCUGAGUAAUGAGUAUCAGCCAUGUAU